AUGAUGGAUAAGCUCUGUAUUCUUUGCCUUCUUGGUCUGGUAAUGAUAACUGCUUAUGGAGCUGCAGGGAAAAUGGUGUACACCGAUCUCGACAUCCUUGAGGAGCUUGGGAACUUUGACAUACCGGAAGAUGACGAUGAUACAGAGCUCUAUGAUUUGCCGUCAUUCACAAGCCGAAGUUCUGGUAAGAACCUGGUGAAUGUGGAUACAUUUGGUGCAGCUGGAGAUGGAGUUUCUGAUGAUACUCAGGCAUUCAUAAGCGCAUGGAACAAAGCGUGCUCCACACCAAAAUCCGUGUUACUGGUUCCACAAGGUCGGAGUUAUUUAGUAAAUGCAACAAAGUUCAACGGUCCAUGUGAACAAAAGUUGAUCAUUCAGAUCGACGGAACAAUAGUGGCACCAGAUGAGCCGAGCAAUUGGGACCUAAAGUUCCAAAGAGUUUGGCUCGAGUUUUCGAAACUCAAAGGGGUGGUAUUCCAAGGGAAUGGAGUUAUAGAUGGGUCUGGUAGCAAAUGGUGGGCUGCUUCUUGCAAGAAGAACAAGUCUAACCCUUGCAAAAGUGCACCAACAGCACUAACUAUAGAGUCUAGUUCAGGUGUGAAAGUAAGCGGCUUGACGAUCCAGAACAGCCAGCAGAUGAAUUUCAUCAUUGCAAGGUCAAACUCAGUUCGAGUCUCCAAAGUUAUGGUCUCUUCUCCAGGAGAUAGUCCCAACACUGAUGGAAUCCAUAUCACUGGAUCGACCAAUGUUGUCCUUCAAGACUGUAAAAUCGGCACAGGGGAUGAUUGUGUCUCGAUUGUGAAUGCAAGCUCGAAUGUAAAGAUGAAGAACAUCUAUUGUGGACCUGGACAUGGAAUCAGCAUUGGAAGCCUUGGGAAUAAUAACUCAACAGGAAUUGUAACAAAUGUUGUGUUGGACACUGCGAUGUUGAGAGAGACAAGUAAUGGACUUCGAAUCAAAACAUAUCAGGGAGGUUCUGGUUACGUCCAAGGUAUUCGAUUCACAAACGUAGAGAUGCAAGAUGUCUCUAACCCGAUAAUCAUUGAUCAAUUCUACUGUGAUAAUCCAACUUCCUGUCAAAACCAGACCUCAGCGGUUAAAAUCAGCCAGAUAAUGUACCGGAACAUAACCGGAACAACAAAAAGUGAAAAAGCCAUCAAAUUUGCGUGCAGCGACACAGUCCCUUGCAGCCACAUUGUUCUCAACAAUGUGAAUCUUGAAGGCAAAGAUGGCCAAGUCGAAGCUUACUGUAACUCAGCCGAAGGUUUUGGGUACGGAGUGAUUCAUCCGUCUGCGGACUGUCUGUACUCGCACGAUGACAAGGGCUUGGACCACAGUCACGAGUCAGAGGAAGCCGAGACUGGUCAUGACGAGCUCUGA